UCUCUUCAAAUCGAAAUUACUCAGAAUCUUCAAAUCAAAAACACAAUAGUCAUCAAAUCAUAUCAAGAUCCUCCCAUCUCCAUUCUCUCAAAUUUCCAAAUCGCUCGCUGUAAAAACAAAGAAACUAAAAUCCCAUCAUCAAUGGCGGCUCAUUCCAACAGAUCCCCCUCCCCGCUUUCUUCCAGACCCAUCAAUCCAAAUCCCAAAAACCCCGAAAUCAAUUCAACAAUCCGCAGAAGCUUCACUGGUAACAGCAAACCCUCGCUUCUCACCAAUCAGAGACGAUUCGAUCCAAUCACACCUGCUAAUAGCCCUUCAGAUUUUGCGAGAAGACGACCGUCUGUGGUUAAAAUUUGCGAAGAGAAAGAGAAUGAUGAGAAAGACUGCGUUUUGAAAGCUUCAAAACUGCAUUCGCCGGCGAAGGGUUUCAUGGCUCCGACGAUCUCCGCAGCCUCAAAGUUCACUCCAUCUCCGAGGAAGAAGGUGUUGGUGGAGAGGAACGAGCCUGUUCGGACCUCCAUCUCCUUCUCCGAUGGGAAAGCCAUGUUCUUCUCUUCUAAUGUUUCUCAAGAUUUGGAGCCCAAAAAUGAGGCUUUUUCGGACUCAAAUCUUGCUGGCUCCGAAAACAAGAAGCCUGUUGUUGACACUCAUCCAGUUUCGAAGCCUUGUAAGAAGGUGACCUUUUCAACUGAAUCAGCGAUUAAUGAUCCUGACAGUCGGAAACAUGAAUCAAUUGCACCGCUUGAUGCUGAUCCUUCUCUCCCACCGUAUGAUCCUAAAACCAACUACUUGUCUCCAAGGCCUCAGUUUAUUCGUUACAAACCGAAUCCCAGAGUUGAAAUACUCAAAGGAAAGGGGCUGGAUUCGGAUGAGCUCGAAUAUAGCCUAAUGGCAGAGAUAUUUUCUGAGGGCUUUUCAGACUCCGACGAGGGUAAUGAUGAGUCUCAGAUGAACAAGGAGGUUACUGCCUCGGAAGAUAUGGUGAUUGGAUUGGAUGAAGAGAUAGAAGCCGCCGAUGCUCAUGCUUCUGAGCCGCCUUCUUUGUCAUUGCCGGUUAGUACAGCUUCUUCACUUGAUGAAAUCUCGGAGGAGGAGUUUGUUGGGAAGAAGCCGAGGAGCAUAUCUAGAUUGAUGUGUUUCUCUGUGGUUCUGGCUUUGUUGGUAGCUUGUGUGUCUGUUUCUGUGACGCUUGCUCCUUCAUUUGAUGAGCCGUUGUUCAUCAAGGACCUGAGCUUGUCCGAUUUGAGUGGUAGCUUGUAUGAGCAAUCAAGAGCUGUUGCUGCUUCUGCAAGAUUGCAUUUAGGCAGUGUGGCGGCCAGUUCUGCGUCUAUUGUGAUGAAGCUGGUUGAAGGCGAGAAACGAGCUCCCGUGCAGUUCAUGAACCUGACUGAUCUGCAAGAGAAUGCUUGGAAGGAGGCAUAUUUUCUGAAACGAGUGGAGGACGUUGAAGAAGAGGAAUUGGAUACUGAAAUGGAAGAGGAGGAAGCCUAUGCAGAUGAGGAGCUUGAUCUUGAUGCUGAAAUUGACGAGUUUCAGGAGGAAGAAGCUGAUUCUGGUGAUGAUUACUUUGAGAUGGAGGAAUACGACAUCGUAGCUGCCACUGAAGAAACUGUGAUUCAAACUGAGAUGGAUCGAUCAGCUGCAAUGGAAAUUUCUCCUGAUUCUGCUCAAUUGGAAUCUGAAUAUUCGCAUGAUAUCCAGAUUCCGACAGAUAUGGUUUCAAUGCAGAUGGAUCAACCAGCUGCUGCUGUUCCUCAGAAUCAAGAAACUGAAGUGGAGGCUGCUGCAAUUGAAGUUGAGAUAUCACAAGGCGACAUCAAUGUUGGAGCUUCUGAUAAUGCUGACACUAUCGCAUCGGAUCAAAUUACAGCAAAUGUUAUCAUCGGAGUGGCAAUAGCAGGUGUAGUUGGAGUUGCGGCGUUGGCGUACAAGAGAAUUUCCAGUUCGUCGGCUAACGUUGUGCAAGUGGAGCCAAUUGUGAGCAAACAAAGAGGCACCAAGAAGCCUGAGGCUAUCCAACAAGAGAAGGAAUGUUCAGAGAGUUGGGAAACGCAGUCGGAGAUGAGCAGCAGCUAUCAGUAUGAGAGGAGUGGUGGUGCAAAUGAAGUAGAGAGCUCGGAGAGGAAGGCCAGAAAGUAUUAUUCCAAAAGGGAGUCGUUGGCUUCUUCCACGGAGUCGCCUUCUUAUGGAAGCUUCACCACUUAUGAGAGGAUUCCCGUCAAGAUUAAUGGGUAUGGAGAUGAGGAGAUGAUGACUCCGGUUAGGCGAUCGAGCAGAAUCAGGAAGCAGGUGACUUCUUCUUCGUAGUGUAGUAGGAGUUGAAGUAGCAGUAGCAGUAGAAGUAGUGUUCUGCAGCACAUCUCUGAUGUGUGAAACAGACAUUCUAGUUUCUAUGAUUAAUGCCUUGUGUUGUGUGAAUUUAGAUAAAGUCUACUCUUUUUAUGUUUACAACAUUUCUUUCAUCUUAUUCAUUUACGUGUUUAGUACAA